AUGCCGUCGCUCAGAGAUGCUGUCUACUACCUCUUCCACGUCCAGGAGCUGCGCGCCAUCGUCCAAUGGAUGAUGUUGCGGAAACCUGUCCAUCCGCGGGACGAGAGAAAGGAGUCACGCAAUGUGAAAGAAUGCUACCGCUUUCUCGCAUUGACAUCGCGGUCGUUUGUAGCUGUCUGUCAAGAGCUGCAUCCGGAGCUCCUUAUGCCUGUGGUUGUCUUCUACCUCGUUCUCCGCAGUCUCGAUACCAUUGAGGACGACAUGACGAUUGGCAUCGAAUCGAAAGAGCCCUUACUACGCAACUUCUACAUGCAUGUUGGCGACGAGGGCUGGACCUUCGAUGGCAGCGGACAUCGCCAGGAGAAUGGGCAAUGGCAUGGCCGACUACGCGAGAACGGCAAGCGAAAUGCCAAUGGUCUGAGUGUCAAUACCAUCAAGGACUACGAGCUGUAUUGUCACUACGUUGCAGGCCUCGUGGGCGAGGGGUUAACCCGGCUGUUCGUCCAGGCGAACUUCGUGGACCCAGCCCUCCUCACGCACAAACCGGAGCUAAUGGAGUCAAUGGGUCAGCUCCUACAGCAAACCAACAUUAUCCGCGACAUUCGGGAAGAUUAUGACUCGAAGCGGUACUUUUGGCCAAAGGAAGCCUGGUCCAAGUACGUGCAAAACUUCAGCGACCUCUUCCUGCCGCAAAACCGGGAGAAGGCGCUGCAAUGCAGCAGCGAGAUAGUGCUCAUGGCACUGACCAGGGCAGCCCAAUGUUUACAGUACAUGGCAGGUGUCAGGGAACAGUCAACCUUCAAUUUUGUCGCCAUUCCACAAACAAUGGCGAUUGCGACGCUUGAACUGUGCUUUCAAAAUCCAGCAGUCUUCGACCGGAACGUCAAACUGUCAAGAGGCUCAGCCUGCCAGAUCAUGCUCGAAUCAACGCAGGAUUUUCAACAAGUCUGCAAAGUGUUCAGUCGGUAUGCUACGAGGAUCCGUCGGAAGAACAACCCCAGUGACCCCCAUUUCCUCGAUAUCGACAUCACCUGCGGCAAGAUUGAGCGUUUCUUUGAGGUUAAUUUCCCAGAAGAAGCAAAACGAAAGGCGCAGAAGGCGGAGGCGAGGAAGGGUGUGAUAUACAUGGGGGUUGCGAUGCUUGGUGUCAUCGCAGCGGUGAUGGCUGGCGCCAGCUGGUUUCAGAGAUGA